UAUCUAUUAUAUUAUUCAAUGUUAUGUAUGUAUUUAUUAGCAACAAUACACAUGGUACAGAUUCUUCUCUAUUUAGAGAUGAUAGUCUUAAUGAUGGUGUAACUAAUCCUGAUGGUGUUGAACUAAAAUUUAUUAUAUUUAUACAACAUCGUUUAAGAACAUCAAAAUUGGUCGUGCUUUGA